AUGACUUUUCCUCUUGCAGCUAACUCUCUUUCUCUUUUCGGAGAUUCAUUCUACAAUGUUGUUAAACAAUUCUGUGGUGUGGAAGCAGUUCAAUUGCUCAAAUUUCAGUUAAUUGAUACUUCAAUGGAUUUACUUGAAGUCGAUGACAUCUUUUCCAUUCUUCAAUUCGAGUCAGACCAAACUGCAACGCUCAAACAAAUAUUAGGUGUUCCUUGUAAAGAUGAAUUUGGAAAUUAUUCAUUCUUUAUUAUGCCAGGACUUCGUUUGAAACUUAACAAAUUUAUUCAUACACUUCGGUCUCUUCUUCCAUCUACUGAUUCUUCAUCAACUACGAAAAGAUUCGCACUUCCGCUUACGGAUGGAUUUCCAUCAACACAAUAUUUCUCAACUAACCUAUUAGCUGAUCUUGAAAUGUGGUAUAAUCAAGUGGAUAAAGCGUCUCUUCUUAACUUGCAUGUUGUGCAACCGGUGUGUCCUCCAAGUCAAACUUCACCACCAUCAUUUAUACUUUCAUGUUAUGGUACAAGCGGCAAGUAUACCGCUCAAGACAUUCUAAAAAGAUGGUUUAAAAUAUUUGACUCUUGUCUUGAAAAGAACAUAAGAGUGUUAGGAUUUUCAACGGACUGCGAACCUCGGAGUCUCAAUGCAAUGCGUAAUGCUAUGGGAUUCUUUUCAAAAUCAGAAGUACAAUUUGAAGAAUAUCCACAUCAUUUCAAAAUUUCAUUUUUGAAGGUUGGUAAAUUAAUAAGAGAUUUAAGUUAA